AUGAGUGCUGUUGGGUUUAUUGAUGCUAAGAAACAUCUUUACAACGUCGUGCUGGAAGAAGUAUCAAACAGCAAAAAAAAUCUAAGAGAAUUAGAAGAAUGGAGGAUAAAUGAGCUUCCUAAAAUUGUUCAGAAAAGAUACGAAACGGAACCAGAAUUAUAUCUCACCAAACCAGAAUUGAAGCAAUUGAUGAAUUGGAAAUUGUGA